AUGGCAUUGGAAGUUUUGCUGGAGGUGCAAUUGCCUCUGGAGCCUCCGCCCGAGCACAAACAGUUUCUACUGCUCUCCGGGCAAGAGCCUGUGGACACGUUGGAGGCUUUUCGAGUGAGGCACGGCCAGACAACCGCUUGGAGAUACAAUAUGCUGGUGCAGAUCUGCCAGCGACCGCGAGUGGUGUGUCGACGGGAGGUGCCAUUGCUUUACUCGAUGCAGAUCACCUCACCAGGCGGGGGAGUCGUGGGGGAGCUGCAGAUACUGGAGGGCGUUGAGCCGGCGGAUACCGUGCUUGGGUUUGCAUUGCAGCAUGAUAUUGGGCGGGAAGGAAGAGCAACAAUUCUGGAAGCGGUGUGUGCAGUUCCUCGUGUGGUGUGCACGCGGUACAACGCAUUGAUGCACUCAAAGACUGUCAGUGGAGAUGGAGGAGUCGUCAUUGGUAAGCUCGAUAUCUACGACGAUGUGGAGCCCGUGGACCAAAUUUACAAGUUUGUGAAGGACCAUAAGCUGCCGCUGCUUGCGAUGGAGCAGUUGCUCUCCGUAACGUGCUCUGUUAUUGGAGACGCGCAGUGCCAGCGCGCAGUUCCGUUGGUGUACUCGCAGCGCAUUGUAGUGAAGGACGAAAGCACCGGAGAACCUCGUCAGCUUGGGGUCCUGCAAAUUCCGCUUGGACAAGAGCCCGCUGAUGUGGUGCACAGUUUCGGGCUGAACUACGGGCUGGCCAAGCCGUUCCGGCAAAAUCUAGUCCGUAAGGUGUGCGAUGACACCUACGUGACUUGCAAGCGCCUGAAGCCGAUCGUUUUCUCGUCGCCUGUGGCCGUGGAAAAUGGCACAACAGUGGGUUUUUUAUCGAUUCGAGAGGACGAGGAAUUAACGGAUGCCGUGCACAGGUUCUCGAGACAAACAAACAUUACCCGGGACUUGCAGGUGUCGUUGCUACAAGCUUUGUGUGGAACUCGGGAAGGCAUUCUAUGCACUCGAGGGCAGGCACUUUUGCGAUCAACCCCAGUGAGUGACGGCACUGGCCAAAUUUUAGGCUACGUGAACAUUUACGAGGGUCAAGAACCCGCAGAUGUGGUUUAUCAUUUCGCAGACCAACACAAUUUGGCUCCUGGUGACCGGGAUACGCUGCUAGAAAGUUUGUGCAAUCCUCCCAAAUCGGCGUCCGGUCAAGAAGAGAACGAUGAUGAGGAAGAUGAAGAACCGCUCGCUUGCUCGCGUUACGCGCCUGUAGUGUUUCGAGUGCCCGUGGCAGCGCAAAACGGAUCGCAUCUUGGAAUUCUAGAGGUGCUUGCCAACGAAGAGCCGGCAGAUGCCGUGGCCAGAUUCGGCAACAAACACGAGCUGGGUCCGGAAGAAAAGAAGAGCAUCGUCACUGGUGUGUGUCAAGCCAGUGGUCUCGAAUGCACGCGUGAUGUCGGAAUCCUCUACGAAGCUGUGUACACGCUCUCUGAUGGUCAACAAGAGCGAUUGCCGUUCUUCGACGGACAAGAUUCCACCGACGUGAUCUACGAGUACGGUCUCAUGCGUAACCUGACGCUACGCCAGCGACAGAAAUUCCUGAUCGAAGUGUGCAAUGAGCCGCGCAAACGACCAAACUGCACUCGAGCCGAACCAAUGCUGUUAUCAAUUCCAGUCUGGGAGUCAGCUAGCACCAAACUCGGCGAUGUUCAGAUUUUGGAAGGCCAAGAACCUGUUGACGUCGUGUACGCGUUCAUGGAGAAGCACGACUUAUUCCAGACAGCUCCAUUGAACACGUCGCUGAUUGAGAUCGUGUGUAAUAGUACUCGAGUCGAGUGCAACCGCAUGCAGCCCCGUCGAACGUUGUUUUCCGUCCAGGCGACUUACGCCGGCCUAUCGCAUACACUUGAGUACGUGCGACCUGAGUCUGACUGGAUCUGCGAGACAGAGCUCCAUGGCGGUCAACGCUGCGUGCAUUACGUGGAGAUUCUAGCUCACAAAUUCUGCGAGAGGCACAUGUACGAAUGGGGGGCUUGCGAGGCACGUAUCCUUGAGGCUUUGCGUCAGCAACUCGAAUUCUACGAAAUCCGCAUGUGGAAGGCGAAGGACAUGUAUGCAAAACUCGGAUUAGUGAAGACUGCUAGCCGCGAGCAGAUUGAUGCGGCGUACAACACGUUGGUGAAGCGCUUCAACAACGAGACUGAGCCAUACAAGUACGAGAAGCUCAAGGAGGCUUAUCGCGUGCUGAGCGACCCCGAGGAGAAAUACUACUACGACCUGCCGUGCGUCAAAUUAUUCGGCUGCCUAUGUGGCAAACGCCAGAAGGAUGGCGGAAUCACCUUCACCCCGGAUUAA